UAACUCCUGCUCCAGCAGUCCAGUGUUUCCCUGUCAAACAGAGCCAUGGCGGCGGUGGACCAUACGGUGGACGUGGAGGACGAGAGCAUCCUGGCCUCCGUGUUCCGGGACAGCCUCCCGGACAGCUGGAGGGAGCGGCCGGACUGCGUGUCGUACCUGUCGGAGCUGAGCGGGCUGGGGCUGGAGCAGCUGCGGCGGGAGCCGGAGCGGCUGCAGGAGGAGCGGGCCCAGGUCCUGCAGCUGACCCGCCAGCUGGCCUUCUCCAACUACCAGACCUUCAUCAGGACCGCCCGCUGCACCCAGCACGUGUACCGGGACUUCAGCCGGGUGGAGGGGGCCGUGGUCCGGCUGGAGGGCAAGCUGCCCCGCCUGGGGGAGAGAUGCAGGAGCUUCAUGAAGGAGGCGGAGGAGAUCGGGUCGAGCCGGCGGAUGAACAGUCUGACGCUGAACCGCCACACGGAGAUCCUGGAGAUCCUGGAGAUCCCGCAGCUCAUGGACACCUGCGUCCGCAACGCGUACCACGAGGAGGCCCUGGAGCUGGCGGCGUACGUCAAGAGGCUGGAGAAGAAGCACUCGUCCCUGCCCGUCAUCCAGGGAAUCGUGCGGGAGGUGCGCCAGUCGACGCAGCUGAUGCUGAACCAGCUGCUGCAGCAGCUGCGCAGCAACUCCCAGCUGCCCGUGUGCCUGCGCGUCAUCGGCUACCUGCGCCGCAUGGACGUGUUCACAGAGGCGGAGCUGCGGGUCAAGUUCCUGCAGGCGCGCGGCUCCUGGCUGCGCUCCGUCCUGGACGCCGUCCCCGACGACGACCCCUACUUCCACAUCACCAAGACCAUCGAGGCGUGCCGGGUGCACCUGUUCGACGUCAUCACGCAGUACCGCGCCAUCUUCUCGGACGAGGACCCGCUGGCGCCGCCGGCCGGCGGGGGGGCGGCCGUCAACGAGGGCGCCAUCUUCCACGGCUGGGUGGUGCAGCGGGUGGCCGACUUCCUGCAGACGCUGGCGCGGGACCUGCGGCGCGGCGUGGGCGGCCGGCUGGACUCGCUGCUGGGCCAGUGCAUGUACUUCGGCCUGUCGUUCAGCCGGGUGGGGGCCGACUUCCGCGGCCAGCUGGCCCCCAUGUUCCAGCGCGUGGCGGCCGACGCCUUCGCCCGGGCGGUGCGGGAGGCGGCCGACCGCUUCCAGGAGGACAUGAACAUGUACACGCUCAUCAACAUGCCGGCCAUGCUGGGGGGGCACGCCGCGGCCCCCCCGCUGCAGCCCGGCACCCUGCAGCCGCCCAUGGCCCUGCUGGACUUCCCGCCGCUGGCCUGCUUCCUCAACAACGUGCUGAGCGCCUUCAACGACCUGCGGCUCUGCUGCCCGCUGGGGCUGGCCCAGGACGUGACCCGGGUCCUGGAGGACGGCCUGCACACGGUGACCCGGCAGAUCGUGGCGUUCCACCGCGCCGAGGCGUCGGCCUUCACCAGCCGGGAGGCCGAGCUCUUCCUGCAGUUCUGCUGCUCCUACGCCGAGGACCUGCUGCCGUUCCUGAACCGCAGCCUGCAGCUGCUGUUCCCGCCGGCGCAGCUGGCGCUGGUUCUGGGGGUUCCGGCCUCCCAGCUGCACAAGCACGGCGGGCUGGGCGUCAUCCACGUGGCCGCCGUCCUGCAGCCACUGGACUUCAUUCUCCCUCAGAAGGAGCUGCCGCCGGAGGGCGACCUGGAGCUCAGCGGCCUCGCAGCCGAGCUGCAGCUCCAGGAACCAAGGCCAGAUCCAGAACCAGAACCAGAACCAGAGUCCGCCCAGCCCACCGCUGGAGAACCGGCUGGACAGAAGUCUGAGGGAGAGGAAGAUCAGAAGGAGGAGUGACGGGACCAGAUCUGUACGGGGGUCUGGAGAGUCUGCUCACACUCCAGUUCUGGACUGAAGGAAUGAAUGAAACUGCACUUUUGAUCUUCUGUUGGGGAAGUUAAAUCAAAAUCACGUUGAGUUUCCAGGUUGACUGCUCGGGGUUUCUGAGUCCAGCUCAGUGGGGUUUUCUCGGUGGUGGCAGGUCGUCAUCUCUGUGUAUGUUCGGGACGACAUGUAUUUUUUACUGGUGUGUGUUUUGUACUUAUUUCUGUCAACAAUUUGAUUUGUAAUUUCAAUUUUAUUUAUAAAGCUUCUAUUACAACAGAAUUUGUCUGUAGGAU